UCACCACCACCACCAGCAUCACCACCACCAUCACCACCAUCACCAUCACCAUCAUCACCAUCACCACCACCAUCACCACCACCACCAUCACCACCAUCACCACCAUCACCACCACCAUCACCACCACCAUCACCACCAUCACCACCACCAUCAGCACCAUCACCACCAUCAUCACCAUCACCACCAUCUCCAUCACCACCACCAUCACCGCCACCAUCACCAGCACCACCAUCACCAAAAUCACCACCACCAUCACCACCACCAUCACCACCAUCACCAUCACCACCACCAUCAACACCAUCACCAUCACCACCAUCACCACCAUCACCACCACCAUCACCACCACCAUGAGCACCACCAUCACCACCACCAUCACCACCAUCACCAUCAUCACCACCACCAUCAGCACCAUCACCACCAUCAUCACCAUCACCACCAUCUCCAUCACCACCACCAUCACCACCACCAUCACCAGCACCACCAUCACCAAAAUCACCACCACCAUCACCACCACCAUCACCACCACCAUCAUCACCACCACCACCAUCACCACCAUCACCAUCACCACCACCACCAUCACCACCAUCACCACCACCACCAUCACCACCAUCACCACCACCAUCACCAUUACCACCACCAUCACCACCACCAUCACCACCAUCACCACCACCACCAUCACCACCAUCACCACCACCACCAUCACCACCACCACCAUCAGCACCACCAUCACCACCAUUACCACCACCAUCAGCACCAUCACCAUCAUCACUACCACCACCAUCACCACCAUCACCACCACCACCAUCACCACCAUCACCACCACCAUCACCAUUACCACCACCAUCACCACCAUCACCACCAUCACCCUCACCAUCACCAUCACCACCACCAUCACCACCAUCACCACCACCACCAUCACCACCAUCACCACCACCACCAUCACCACCACCACCAUCAGCACCACCAUCACCACCAUUACCACCACCAUCAGCACCAUCACCAUCAUCACCACCACCACCAUCACCAUCACCACCACCACCACCAUCACCACCACCACCAUCACCACCACCACCAUCACCACCAUCACCACCACCAUCACCAUCACCACCACCACCAUCACCACCAUCAUCACCACCAUCACCAUUACCACCACCAUCACCACCACCACCAUCACCACCACCACCAUUACCAUCAGCUGGACCCCUCCAGCAGAGGGAUGAGCGCCCAGACUAUGAGUUCAUCUUACCGCCUGGCUGCCCCCGCUACGUGCCGACACCCAGUGCUGUCAGCAAGAGGAGGGAUGCUCCCAGGAAGGGGCGCCUGCUCUUCAGACACCAGUAUGUGCAGACGGGCGUGCUCUCAGCAGCCACCCCUCCGCCUCUCUGGGGACCUGGGGCAUGUCAGGCUGAGAGUAACGCCAGCGGUGGUGAGAAGCACCUCCAGCUGUGGGCACCGACCCCUCGCCAGGCCCCGGCUAAGCGCUGUGGGCCUGGGGCCCUCGUGAACCUGCACAGCCGCCUGAGGGCCUGCAGGGACCCAGCAAGCGGGGCUUUGCUCCUGCAAGACUUCGGGGACCUCGUGGACCUCUCGGGUGUGCAAGGGGACCCCAUCGGGGAGGCACCUAAGAUGUCGGACCUGUGCCCCUGGGGAGAGCCCUAG